CGCUUUGUAUCAAAUAUAUAAAUUCAUUAAUUUAGUGCAUUAUGUCUGUUUUCUUUUUCUUGAAACAGAGAAGUUCUUGAGAACCAAUAAGUUAAAUAGAGCCUUUGUCACCUACUGGCCCUUUUACUACAUAUUAAUACAAAUAAUCCAUUUGAGUUUUUCCUUUCUUGCAGCAGGCACUCACAGAGCGGACAUGGGAAGUGGUAUGGAAAGUUGGAAAGGGAUGCUGAACCAGCACAGAUGUAAGCUAUCUCCCAAUGUGUUGAUAUCUUUCUGGCAAGUAAGUAUCCAGCACUGGAGCUGGAAUACAGCUCAGUGCUCAGAGGGACCAGCACCCACUCUCUGCCACCUCACAGCCUGGGAUCUGGACCUCGAGUGGUACCGUGGGACCAACCACGACUGGAAGAGCUGUUCCAAGGAGGAGCUGCUGAAGCUGGUGGAAAACCUCGUGUCUCCAAGUACCCUCAAAGUACCCAGGCCAAGCAGCCAAAGAACUCACAGCAAAAGGUGGCUUUGGGUGGGGCUUGGACGCUGUGGGCCAACAGCUGGGAACCUGAGCCAUGGCAAGGUCAGGGGGACCCUCAGAGCCCGACAUAAAAGAGAUGGACUAAAGCACCCCUCCCUCUGCUUGGCUUCCUCAUCUGAGGAUGAUGAUUUGUAUCACACCAGGAUUCAGGUAAUACAGACGAGAUCAACCUACUGUUGCACUGAGCCCUACGGUCACUUACGAUGCUGCGAACUCCGGCCCGGCUGCGAGCUAGAAAACAUCUCCUGCCUCUUCCCUCGGCUGAACAGCGACCACUCGGAUGCUGAAAUAAGGUCAGAGCUCCUUCAAGCGGCUAAAAAACCGGGCUAA